AAUUACACUGAAAUAUUUCUCUUCUGCUCUGGACUGGCCUUUUCUGUACGAUUGCUCAACGAACGCGAAACGAAUAUUUUAUUGCUGUUUUAUUUUCCUUAGACCGCUCAAAGGAAAAGAGGAAAUCGAAAAAUUAAUUACUGGAGUAGUUAAUAGUUUAUAAAAGAGUUAAAACGCCGUAACAAGGAAAAUAGGAAAUUUUACAAAAUGGACAUCGAAUUUUACCCGAAUGCCUGCUUUAUUUGUCAAGCAACAGACGAUUUAAAGAGAUGCAGUCGUUGUAAAAUGAUUUCCUACUGCUCUGAAGUGCACCAAAUGGAUCAUUGGCCCGAACAUAAGGAUUUAUGUAAAACAAUUCACGCAAUGAUGAAAGAAGAAGGCGUUUCUCAUCUCUAUGAAAAGCUUCGAGGUUGCGAUGUUCAUACAUGGCGUAAGGAAAAAAUGCGCAUAUUGGAAGAAAUUGAGUCACGUUGCCCGAAACUAUUUGAAAAUCCAAACGCUGCGUUUUUAUUAUAUUUCCCAAGAUCGUGCUUUGUAUGCUACGAAAGUAGACAAACUUUAUUAAAAAAUUGUCCGGGUUGUCCAGUUGCGACUUUUUGCAAGGAUCAUCCCAGCAGUUCGAUUCACGACAAGGAUUGUGCAAAUUUAAAAAAAUCAUUCCAACUAAGACUUCAAUUGUCCAACAGAAUUAAAAAAGGUGGCGAAGUACAGUUACAGAUGCUAGCAACGUCCGUUUUACACGCGAUACAAUUGUCCCCAACUUUGGAAAAAAUCACCAACAUGGGGGACUUUUUGGAAAAAUUUUCAAAGUCAAAGAAUCUUUCUCUAAAUGUUGGUGAUGAUUUGAAAUAUUGGUUAACCGUCACAUUCGGCACUAUUCUAUCAACCUUUAAUGCUUUGCAAAUACUCGAAUUAACAACUCUUUCCAAAUUGACAAUCUACAUGAAGAAUUUACAUCAACCUGACUACACGGAAUUCUGGGAGGCACUGUUGCAUUUAAUUCCUGAUUUAAAGGAACUCACGAUUUUAUUCAUUGAUCCAGCCGCUGAAUUGGGAAUAAAACCUGAUCAAAUGGAAAUUUGUCGUGAAUGUAAAAAGAAGGAGAAGAAACUUACUCUCGGAUUCCUGGCGUCAUGCUAUGAAGAUUGUGAGGGAAGAAAUAUUGCAGAACCGAAUAUUCUGAUGGCAACUGAUAUUGUUGAUCCUGAGACAACAGAUGUUUCGGAAGUAAAAGUGUUGCCAAGUCUUUUAAAAUUUUGGUCACGAUUCAAUAAUUGUCCUUUAAUAGUGACAACAAUUAUGGAAGAAUAUCGCGAGGAAAUGAAAAAUACUAUUCAAUCUACUUUGGGAGAUGUCGAUUAUAUUUUUGAUGAUUCCAAUCCAUUUAAGAGUCAUCUAAGCAUCAGGACUAAUUACAAUCGAGCUGGAGUUUCAAAUAAUUUUAUGGUCAUUUUGAAACCAAAACCGAAAGUUGAAGUUGAAGUUGAAGUUCAGCAAAAUUAAAAAGACUGAUUGUGAGCCACGUUGACUGAGAAUAAUAAAAGAAUUUUUCAAACGGUAUAAUGAAUUAACUUCUAAAAAAAGGUAAAACCGAUUUUUCUCUUCUUUGUUUAACAAAUUUAAAAGAAGUUAUUAACUCCGUUUUUGUUUAUUUUUGACUUUAAAAUUAUUUCUCUAAACAGAAAAAUUUUCUAAAAACAAGUUUUUUUCUAGAUAUAAGUUUGUAUUAUUUCAAUUAUUUUAUGUUUACUGUAAUUCGAUAAUUAAAAAUAAAAAUUGUAUCACUGUUUCUAAAUUACUUGAA